AUGAGAACAGAACAGAGAACAGAACAGAGAACAGAACAGAGAACAGAACAGAGAACAGAACAGAGAACAGAACAGAGAACAGAACAGAGAACAGAACAGAGAACAGAGAACAGAACAGAGAACAGAACAGAGUACAGAACAGAGAACAGAACAGAGAACAGAACAGAGAACAGAGAACAGAACAGAGAACAGAACAGAGAACAGAACAGAGAACAGAACAGAGAACAGAACAGAGAACAGAACAGAGAACAGAACAGAGAACAGAACAGAGAACAGAACAGAGAACAGAACAGAGAACAGAACAGAGAACAGAACAGAGAACAGAACAGAGAACAGAACAGAGAACAGAACAGAGAACAGAACAGAGAACAGAACAGAGAACAGAACAGAGAACAGAACAGAGAACAGAACAGAGAACAGAACAGAGAACAGAACAGAGAACAGAACAGAGAACAGAACAGAGAACAGAACAGAGAACAGAACAGAGAACAGAACAGAGAACAGAACAGAGAACAGAACAGAGAACAGAACAGAGAACAGAACAGAGAACAGAACAGAGAACAGAACAGAGAACAGAACAGAGAACAGAACAACAGAGAACAGAGAACAGAACAGAGAACAGAACAGAGAACAGAGAACAGAGAACAGAGAACAGAACAGAGAGCAGAGAGCAGAGAGCAGAGAACAGAGCAGAGAACAGAGCAGAGAACAGAGCAGAGAACAGAGCAGAGAAUAGAACAGAGAACAGAACAGAGAACAGAGCAGAGAAUAGAACAGAGAACAGAACAGAGAACAGAGAACAGAGAGCAGAGAACAGAGAGCAGAGAACAGAGAGCAGAGAACAGAGCAGAGAACAGAGAGCAGAGAACAGAGCAGAGAACAGAGCAGAGAACAGAGCAGAGAGCAGACAACAGAGAACAGAGAACAGAGCAUAGAACAGAGAAUAGAACAGAGAACAGAACAGAGAACAGAGAAUAG